AUGCUGCUGGCGGCAGAGUGGGCCUGCGAGUUCCUGGCCGCACACCCACCACCAUUCCUCGUCCUUUCAGCUUGCCAGGGCUUUCUCAUCCUUAGGUCUUCCCUCCAAGGCCAUUCUGUUUUGUUCAAAGGAAAGUGGAGCUUUAGAGAGGUUUUCAGGCCUCGGUUUCAGAGGUUUUGGAGGCCUCGGGGUAAGUCAGAGUGGAAACGAGAAAUCAGACGCAGGGUCCCCAGGCAGGGACUCGGUCCCUUCUCCGCCUUCUCCGUCUGUACCGCGAGCCUCCUGAGUACUGAGGGCAGAGCCACAAGCCGGGCCUGCUCCCUGCUAGCAGCUGAGUGCAGCCUAGCGGGCAGAGAGGCCCAUCCACAUGCUAUGACGACACUGCUAGGGCCCACCAGCCAGUGGCCGGGGUGCAGGAAGGGGUCCCUCCACCCCGCCCUUCGGGCACUGGGGGUCACUCCGCUCGACGGAUGUGCAUUGCAGUGGGCGGCUGCCCGCAGCCCCCAGCACAGGGCCUGGGUGGGCGCCAGUGAGCCUGAGUCUCGUUUGUGCCCAGGGCUCACCCAAGAGCCCCCCGCUUGUUCUCAGAAGUUUCAGGAUCUUGGCUGCCUCGGGGCGGCCUGCCUGGUCAAGCUGGCCGACUCCCGUGACAAGGAGCAGACGGUUCAUCGUGUCCACCGCACUGAGACGCGACCUCGCCUGGAGCUUCCGACCAGCCCUCCUCAUGGUCAGAUGGGCCGCUGGGAGAGGGGCCUCACCCACAGGAGACACAGGCAAGGCUUUGGAGGGGGGAGCGUGGAGCUCAACUAG